UGGUGCUGAAGGGACAGCUCCCUGUGGCGCUCCUCAAGUGAACGCACAUCAGGGCGCUGAAGGGGAGGACAGCUCCCCUGUUAAGACAAAGCAGGAACCUGUGGGGGCUGCAAAGGGAGGACCCCCACUGAGCCCUGUGCAUUGGAGAGCUGGUGGCAGCGGCAAUGAUUCUAACGGGAGCUCUCUGAGUCCUUCCGCUCUUCACAUUGCUGCUGCUGCUGCUGCUGACAAAAAAGCAGCCACUGGCCUGGGGCGCCACAACAUCUAAGGAGGACGGUGCUGAAUGGACAGCACCUAUUGCUUGGUUUCAGGCAUCUAGGAAUGUAAUCCACAAUGCUAGUGCUCAGGUUUCUCAAUGUGGUCGCUCCAGCCUACUUCCUCUGUAUCUCCUUAGUGACCUUCGUCCUCCAGCUCUUCCUCUUCAUUCCAAGCAUGUUCAAAGACCCUUCCACCACCCCACUUUUCUCCUCUGCUCUGCUGCAUGGGGCUCUCUUUCUGUACCUCUCAGCUAAUGCUUUGGGCAACUACAUCCUGGUAAUACAGAACUCACCUGAGGAGGACCUGGGGAAGGGCCCAGGUUUGGCUGGAGGAGCCAAAGGGGUGGCUGAGCAGCCAGAUGGAAACAGGUCCCCUGCUUCAGCCCUGCCUGGCACUCACUUCUGUAGACUGUGUGCCCGAACCACCCAGAGGCAUGACCACCACUGUUUCUUCACAGGGAACUGCAUUGGAAAUAGUAAUAUGCGGAACUUCAUCAUGUUCUGUCUGUACACCUCCUUGGCUUGCCUUGAUUCCCUGGUGGCUGGGGUGGCUUAUAUUUCUGCUGCACUCUCAACUUCCUUUGCCAGCCCACUGGCUUUCCUAACUCUUCUGCCUCAUUCCAUUAGCCAGUUCUUCUCAGGAGCUCUUCUAAGCUCAGAAAUGUUUGUCAUCCUCAUGCUAUACCUCUGGCUGGGGAUUGGACUUGCCUGUGCCGGCUUCUGUUGCCACCAAAUGCUGCUAAUCCUGCGAGGGCAAACACGGUACCAGAUGCGGAAGGGGAUGGCAGCCAAAGGCCAGCCCUGGAAGAAGAAUCUGGAGGAGGUCUUUGGGAAGAGAUGGCUGCUUGGACUGCUUAUUCCUGUGCUCAGUGUGGGAAGUGACUAUCACCAGCAGAAGGAGAAGUGACAGCUCCCUUAACACUUAGCAACAUGCACAGGUGCACGCACACACGUGCAUGUACACACAUUUGCCGUAGCAGAAUGCAGCUCUUGGAUAUACUUGUCCUUUCCCCACCUUGUAGCCUUGCAAUGUGUCAGAGAGAAAAAAAAGGCAAGUGUUGAGGCCAUGGGGCUAAUUCUAUGAUUUAAAAGAAGUGGGACUGACCUCCUCUAGAACAACUGAAGCUAUGUCAGUCAUCUCUGGGUUGCUAAAGAUCUUAAGCAAUCCUUCCCUUGAGAAGCCGGGUCUCUCCUCCCACUCACCCCUACGGUUGAGUUUCCUUCCACCUUGACUUUUGUGCUUAAUUGGGGGAGGAGGAGGAGGAGCAUCCUUCCCCUUCAGCUUCUCCAAGGUAGCCUGUAUUGUCAUGAACAGGCUGUAAGCACAAGCAUAGGUUCCUGGGAGAUUUGUUACUGAAGCCAAUGUGUUAGCUGAAGCUUUUGGUGGCUUAAAAUGACCCCAAUUAAGAAAGAAACUGGUUUUUUUUUUUUUUGCAAACACUGGGCAAUAGAGAUGGUUAAACACUUAAAAGCAGAAAGAAACACACACACACACACACAUGAUCUGGGAAAACAAGUAGAAUUUGCUUAUCUUCUAAAAUGGAAAGCACUUAUUUGUCCCCCUAACUACCUCUGCUCCAAUAUGCAGGAAUGGCAUUUAUUAGUCUUAUCGUAUGUCCACCCAGGAGAAGAGAUACAUUCCCACCUUACAGCAGGGCUGCCCUUGAAACAGCAUCUUGGAAAGUAGUAAAGGACCAGUCCGCGGUGCCUCUCUCAGCAAAAACAGGCUCCCAAUCUCAAUUUUUGGCUGUGAUGGCCUCCUGCAACCCUCUGCAGCGAAAACAAAGCUUGGGAGGGCCACCCUCCCGAGCGCCAUUUUUAUUGGCAGAGGGUUGAAGGAAGCUGUCCCAGCCGAAAACGGAGAUUGGGAGCACAUUUUCACUGGCAGAGCACUCAGGCCACCACAGGUGCCCCUGACAUGAGUGAUGUCAAGCUGGCCACACCCAACCCGGGCCCUCGAGGUCAAACGCAACCCUGAUGCGGCCAUCAAUGAAAUCGAGUUUGACAUCCCUGUUCUACAGAAUGAGGCUUGUUUUUUCAACCCGUCUCCCGGCUCUGCUUGAAAUGAAUCUAGCUCAAAGUAUCACUAGCAGUAUUGUUUGGGGCGGUUGGGGUGGGGAUGGGGGAUACAGAGGAAAAAUAGAUGGGGAUAUGUAAAGAAAGGAAUGACUCUCUCCUGAUGCUUUCAACUCUGAAAAAUUGCCAUUGACUUCUAGCAAGCCAGGAGAUCAGCAAGAGAAAGCAGGCCCCAUCAUUCUGCAUCUGUCACAGAAGAAGUCAAGUGAAAUACUCAAUUGAAUUAUUGAGGAGAGAGUAGAAGCCCUCAAAGUAGAAUUUUGCAAUCAGUCAGUAUAUCAUAAUUAAUAAGACGAAGACUUUGACCCAUGCCUGGGAGAUAAGAACAUAUUAGGGACAAACUCAGCCUCACUAUCUCAUUUCUACUCUGCAUGUCCUCUUAAGCUAAGGUUUAUUUCAUGGCCUGUUCAUAGCCCAGUGAUGGCUUUUUGGAUGCACCCAUUCCACUCUUCACUAACCAGCCGAAAGGGGCUGGAGGCAAAUCUUUAAGCUCAGAGAAACCAGUUCUUGAGUUUAAACAAGAAAUCCAAUCAACCUUCUGAUCAGGUGCUGAUUAGCUCAGCACACACUCCUGUGUUCUCUAUGCUAGGAUUCCUUAAUGGUAAGUGCCUGAUUUGUGUCUUUUUUUUUUUUUUUAAGAAAAACUAUCUUCCCGUAUCAUGAAAUUUGCAGAAACUUAAAACCCAUCACUAUUUCAAAAAUUAGAACUUUUUCCCCCAAGAAUUUUUUUAGUGUGUCUCUGUGUGUACAGAGAACCCUGUGCAUGUGCAGAGAACAUAAUUCUUAUGGGAAAACACACACACAAAAAUAUAAAUACGGAUGCACUCUCCCAUUUAUUACUUAACACAAUAUUUUGUGUCAUUUUUAGAUUUGGGAACCAAAGUAUUACAAAACAAGAAUGAUUGAGCUAGUAACAAAAUGUACAAUACAGGCAAUAUUGGAUGUGGGUUUAAAAUAUAAAUCUAUUUAAAAACAUGGUGAAAAAGAUUUUUAUGAUGUCAGAAAGAUACAACUGCAUGUGGUGAGAACAGAGCAUGUCACCAAGAGAGAAUACCAAUGAGGAGGCACCAAACAUUUUUUAUCUUGGAUAAUGCAGAUAUUUGGAGAAUGAUAUGUAUGGACAGGUUGAUUCGUUUCUGAAUUAAGUUUCUUUUUUUUAGCUGCCCUUCUUGUAUGGGUCCUGGAGUUCUAUGCAGGGAAUGCAAAAUCCAAAAUAUGUCCCAACAUAGUAAAAUAGAAGGUUAAUAUGAAAGUAAAACUCCUACCCUCAAUAUUCAUGCCUAUGUCACAGAGAAUCUGGAUUCAAAAUAUUCCCAGAUUCAAUCCAUUCUUUUCCAACCUGACCAUUAUUCAAAGUUAAUAUUAAUCAGCACAAGUAACCUCACUGUCUUCUUGAAGUACUUGGAAAAAUUCUGGGGAGGCACUAGAUGCUGGAGAUCUUUUUUUUAAAUGACAUUUUUAAUCCACAUGUAUUUUUUGGUGGUACCAAUACAUUCAGAGGAAACAAAGAAGGUAACAUAAUCUGAAGAAUUGCUUUGAUUAUAAGAAAUCUUAGGAGAAAAAAAUAGCUAGUAAGUUAGAUAGAUAAUAGCACAUUUAGAAAAAAAGGCCUUCUCGUAAGACAUGCACUUGCAUGAAAAUAUAUUUAACUACCUACUUAAUAAUAUGCUGCAUUUGCACAACAAUAAAGUGUUCGGGUUGUU